AUGGAAAAAGGGGUAUAUUGUUUCCGUGAGAGAAUCUGUGAACCGAAAGACACUGAAUUGAGGCAGUUGAUACAUAGAGAGGCGCAUAGUAGCCCUUAUGCUAUGCAUCCUGGAAGAAAUAAGAUGUAUUAUAACCUUCAUAAGUUAUACUGGUGGCCAGGAAUUAAACGUGAGAAGCUGGCUAAGUUGUAUGUAUCUGAGAUAGUGAGACUGCAUGGGACUGAUGGUCAAUCUGAGAGGAUGUUUCAGAUACUAAAAGACAUGUUGAGGAGUUACGUGAUUGAGUUCCGAGGUAGUUGGGAAGAUUAUUUGCCACUGGCGGAGUUUGCUUAUAACAACAGCUAUCAGUCUAGCAUUCAGAUGGAACCUUACAAGGCAUUAUAUGGUCGUAGGUGUCACACUCCUUCAUGUUGGAUUGAGUUGGGUGAACGGCGUGUUCUGGGCCCUGAAUUGGUCUCUGAUACCGAGGAUAAAUUUAGACUGAUUCGAGACUGA